AGGCCGUGUUGAGGCCGUGGAAAUUAUCAUUAAAGAUUAAAAAAGGCUCUGUCUCUUCUCCCGUUCAACCUUGAGUCUUCGAAGUGCGUGUGUGGAAUCCCCUCCGCGAGCUGAACAGGAUGACCGUGGCCAUGCAAGAGCCCUUAGUGCUUUUUGCGAGUUAAAAAGGGCGAGAAAGUUGAGUCGCAGAAUGGCAGAGGCUGGCCGGAACAGCGGAGGAAUGAACCAGCCGGGAAGAGGCUCUGCAUAUAGCACAAACUUCCCAUCACCUAUGACGUACCAGCCCAUGCAGGUACCACCAUUCCAAGCUGGGUAUCAAGACAUGUUUGUCCAGUCUUACCCAAGGGUGAUGCCCAUCUCACACUUCCAGGGUAAUGUACUCUGCCAAGACAGUUCCCAGUUUCAGGGGAGUGGACACUACCAAGGAGAUAACCAAUUUCAGAGCAACAGCCAGUUUCAGGCCAACAGCCAAUACCCAAGCUACAAUCACUUCCAGAAUAAUGCACACUUCCAAGGAAAUGGUCACUUUGAAGGAAAUAGCCACUUGCAGGGGAAUCAGUAUCCAGGGAACUUACAGUAUGAAGGAAAUUUUGUGAUACCUAGUAAUCCAGGAACAAGAAUGAUGUGUGAUGAAAACUACCAGACGUAUAUCGUAAACAAUGCAACACAGGUGCCAGGGAUGGACUUGCAAUCAAAUACAAGGCAGUAUAAUUCUGUAUCUCAUAGUGUAAGAAGAGGCCCACCGCCAAAGUCAAAUUUAAGGUAUAAUUCGGGAAAAUCAGAACAGAAUUGGCCUUUACCAGUGGGGCAAAGCAUGCUUCCAAGUGAUAGUCAAACUAUGGCAGCAUCUGGUAGUAGUACUGUUAAUGUCUCAAAGGGAAUAAACAAAAGUUCACCUGUGACUAGUGAUGGUUCUGUUGCAAAUGUUGUCAAUGCAAAUCCACCUCAAAAUAACUUAAGUUUUCAGAAUAGGACUUACUCUGGUAACAACAAAUCAGGGAAUACAGCAGGAAACUUUCCGAAAGAGUUACCCCAGAAUCCAAAUGAGGCUGAAAAUGGAGCGUUUGGAGGUGAAGCUAAAGUCAGUCCCCAAGGUAAUGAUAGUGAAGGUUUUGUAAAUGGAAUUUCAAGUGAAGGAGGUGUGAAGAAUAAGGGAAUGAAUCGGGGAAGGGGAGGAAGGGGUAGAAGAGGAGGAAGGCGAAACUAUGGAACAGACAGGCUGAGUCAAGGGCCAAACAUGCCUUACAACUGGUAUGAACCUCGAGGAGCUGCAUAUGACCAGGAUCAGAAGAAACGUGACAGGGAAAGUGCCCUGGCAGAGACUGCAGCAUUUAUGCAGAGGAUGAGUCUUGGCCGCACAGAUAACCCUCCAGCAAAGGAAGUUGAUAACAAUAAUGACAGAAGAUCUAGAGGUGGUCGAGGGAGAUAUGAUCGGGGUGGCAGUCAUGGAGGUGACAAGAGGCAGCAGAGGAACAAUUCUGAAGAGGAAAAGCAAGGGAAGGAAUGGAAGAACAGGCAGGUGCGAACUGAGGAUGGGAGGACAUAUAAUGGAGGUUAUAGCAAUGCUUAUGAUCUGGCUAAUAAUCAGGAAAGGCCUCUCAGGCAAGAAAAAAACUUUGGCCGCGGAAGAAAUGGACGUAAGAACAAUAAUGGAGAAGGGCAAGGAUUUGAUGGAGAGGUAGGAGAGAGGGAAGAAGGUACCUCAGCUCAGGGUCCAAAGCCAGGAAGAGGCAGGGGCAGAGGCAGAAAUGACAAUGGGAGAAAACUGUGGGGAAGCAGUGAGCAGAGUGAUGGGCCAGGGAGGGAGGUAGCCCAAGCACCAGUGAAGAAUGAACAGAAGGCAGAGAAGGAGAGCAGCCCUGUUUCAACACCCAGAGUAACAAGUUCAAGCAAAGAGGAUGAGCAGACCCAGAGGGACAGACUCAUGGAGCAGCUGAUGAAGGGAGUGUAUGAGUGCAUGGUGUGUUGCGACCGCAUCAAGCAGCAUCAUGCCAUAUGGUCCUGUGUCAACUGCUACAACUGCUUCCACUUAGGAUGCAUAAAGAAAUGGGCAAAAAGUUCCACUGGAGAGUCUGGCUGGAGGUGUCCAGCUUGCCAAGCAGCCACGCCAAAAGUCCCAAAUGCCUACCUUUGUUUUUGUGGUAAAUUGCGUGAACCAGAGUGGAACCGUCGUGACACACCACAUUCAUGUGGAGAGGUGUGUGGUCGAGGAAGGAAGAUUGAGUGGUGUAAUCAUAAGUGCACUAUUCUAUGCCAUCCAGGACCAUGCCCUCCUUGCACAGCAUACGUUAAGAAGUCCUGUCCCUGUGGAGCCAAAAGUCAGGACGUGCGCUGUAGCAUCACUGAGCCCUUCGUGUGUGAGGGAGUAUGUGGGAAGGUGCUGAAUUGUGGGGGCCACGCUUGUGAAAAGCUAUGUCAUUCUGGGCCCUGUGGUGACUGUCAGCAGGAAGUAGAGCAGAAAUGCUACUGUGGAAAGGAGAGCCGAGAAGUUCUAUGUACAGAAGAGACCUGUGGCAUAUCCUUGUUUGCAUGUGAGAAAAAAUGUAGUCGGAAGUUAGACUGUGGAAUUCACAUCUGUAUAGAGACCUGUCAUGAAGGAGAGUGCAAGCCUUGUGCCAGGGCCAUUACUGCCAUCACCAGGUGCCCCUGUGGCAAAGUUCCACUAGAGAAACUGUAUGAACGAGAUGGGGCGAUUCAGAGAAAGUCCUGCUCAGAUCCCAUACCCACCUGUAGCCAGCCCUGCCAGCGCACACUAAAAUGUGGUGUUCCUGGCUCAUACCAUGAGUGCCAGGCUCUGUGCCAUGAAGGUCCCUGCCCUCCCUGCCCUCUUGAGACUCCAGUUAAGUGCCGAUGUGGAGCUAUGGAUCAAAAUGUCUUGUGCUCGGAGCUCACUGCCAAGGCUGAUGAAGUUACCUGUAAAAAGCCAUGUAAAAAGAUGCGUCAGUGCAGCCGACACAAAUGUAGCACCAAAUGUUGCAUUGAUGUUGAUCAUCUCUGUACGCUGGUGUGUAGGAGGACAUUGAGUUGCGGCCUACACAAAUGCCAGGAACUUUGCCAUCGUGGGAAUUGUCCAAGGUGCUGGCAGACAAGUUUUGAAGAGCUGACGUGCCACUGUGGUGCGGCUGUGCUGUACCCUCCUGUGCCUUGUGGAACCAAACCACCACCGUGUGAACGACCCUGUAGCCGCCCACAGAGCUGUACUCACAUGGCAACUCACAACUGUCACCCAGAUGACACUUGCCCCCCUUGUACCAUCUUGGUUGAUAAGCCCUGUUUUGGUAACCAUAAGACAAUGCGAAGCACACCGUGUUACCUGAAGGCAGUGUCAUGUGGUGCCAUCUGUGGCUUUCCUCUCCCCUGUGGCUUGCACAAGUGCAUACGUGUGUGUCAUGAGGCCCCUUGCGUCCCAGCUGGAACCCUGUGCACGCAGAAGUGCAUGAAGCCAAGAGAGAACUGUGGACAUCCCUGCUCCAACCCUUGCCACAAUGGCCCCUGUCCUGAUAAUUCGUGCAAGGAGAUGGUAAAGAUUACUUGCACAUGUGGACACCGAAAGACCAUGCUGCAGUGUUCAGAAAAUGAUCGAGAGUACAGGGCUCUUGCAACUUCAUUGCUUGCAUCACAAAUGCAGAACAUGAAUAAUGGAAGUACUGUUGACUUGUCUGAUAUCUUUACUUCUACAACAAGGCCAGAUAAGUUAAAAAGACUUCAUUGCAAUGAUGAGUGCAUGCAGAUAGAGCGCAAUCGCCGUCUUGCAUUAGCUCUUCAGAUAGAGAAUCCUGAAACUCGUGAUAAACUUGGAAAUGCUUCUGUGCUCUUCUCCGAUUUUAUGAAAGAUGAAGCACGGAAGGAUCCCAAUCUUGCAAAGAUGGUUCAUGAUGCGCUAACAGAUCUUGUCCUCAAGGCAAAGGAGUCUAAGCAGAAGAGUCGCAGUCAUUCCUUCGCCCCAAUGAACAGAGAAAAGAGGCAGUUUGUCCAUGAAUACUGUGAGCAUUUUGGUUGCCAGAGUCAGUCCUAUGAUGAUGAACCUAAGAAAAACAUAGUUGCCACAGCUGUUAAAGGAAUGUGCUUCAUCCCCCCCAUAAGUGUGUUGACGCUUGUGCAACGGGAACAGGGCCAGAAGAAGGUGCCGGUGCCAGUGUGGUCAAGGAAGGCAACAACUGAGGACAGUCGACAAGGGAUGAAGAAACUAGAGAAGUCAAGCAGCAUAGAGAAAGAGACGGAGAGCGCGACAGCCAAGGCGCCUCCUAUAGAUUAUUUUGACUUUGAAAACUAAAUGCUUAAGGAUAUUGUUGGAGGAAAUGGAAACCCACAGAUAAGAAAGUUUGCCUCAAACUUGCUGAUAUUUAGACAUUUUUUGUACACUUUUGAGAGACCAUCACCUUCAUUUAUCCAGUGUUAAAAACUCCUGUUCGUUUGUUCAGUGCAGCUUCAGUUUUUCUUGUUUUGCAGAUUUAAAAAAAAAAAUCUCAGUUUGUUCCUUUUUUUUCUUCUUUUUUCUUGGAAUUAAAAAAAAAUUGUCAUAGCCAUUUGCAUCAUUGAAUGAUUCCAGGUUAUUGAGUUUGAAACAUGAAAACCAGUGCAUAUUUUUGUUAUUAGUCAUUCCUCCCUUUACAUAUCCUUCUAAUUCAUUCCUCAUUUACUUGGAGGAACUAUAUAUAUUAUGUGAUGAGAUUAGUGUCUAUAUAUACAAACACACCUAACUUUAUAUUCUAUUCUAUUCUAUUGAUGAUCUUUGGCUACGUCCCCCUUAGUGGAUUGUUUCAGAUAGUUGCUCUGAAGGCAGUGCCCUAGCCAAGAAAAGACCAUGCAUUAACAUAUUCGGUUUACUAUGUGACACUCAUAUUAAUGAAUAUUCAUAUAUACAUGUCAUAUAUACGGUUAUUUGGAUCUCUGUCCACUACUAUUUUUUUCUUUUCUUUAAUUAUCAGGAGUGGAAUUUGAAAACUGUUAUAUUGGUUUGAAAUAAAUGCAUAUUUGGAUUUCAUGAGGAAGAUUAUGACCAUAUUCAUAUAUUAUUCUGGCUCUGGUUAAUUUAAGGGAAUAAAGAGAAAAUAUGUAAA